AUGCCGUUGCUUGAGAAUCAAUCCACUAUAGUCGAGAAUGACGAUUCGACAUCAGAAACAUUGAAGCUAUCAGCCCGCGACAAAGCUAGACAGAAGAGAGUAAAGAAACGAAAGGAGAAACGAAAGGAGGAGGUUCUCUUAAUUGUGUAUGGCAUUAAGAGCACGGAAGCGGAGCAAACGGAAGCGGAUGAAAAAUAUGGAAACUUUCAUUGUGCGACACCGAGCCCUUUGAGAAAAUGUUGGACGCUGGUUGAGGAGGGCAGUGAGGUACGUGAGGGUGAAGGGGAGGGUAGUGAUUGA